CCCUGUUCUAGCCAGACUCUUUCCCCCAGACUGGGCCGGGUCGGAGGUUCUGGCUCCCCUCCCCUCGGGGAGGCUCUGAAGGCCUCGGGAGGCGCUGCUCCCCCGGCGGCGGGGCCCGGCCCGUCAGGAGGACGAGCUGCCGCCGGAGGCGGGCGCCCUUGCCCGCUGUCCCCCGAACACCGGGUCCCCGUCGGCCUCUUCUGUGGGAUAAGUCCUCAGGAAGUAUGGAAACUUCAUGGACAAUCUAAGACUCUUUGCAAAAGGAGGAGCAGGUGGCAUGGGUUUUCCUCGAUUAGGUGGAGAGGGAGGCAAAGGUGGUGAUGUCUGGGUUGUAGCCAAAAAAAGAAUGAGCUUAAAAAAUAUUAAGGAUAAGCAUCCGCAGAAACGGUUUGUGGCAGGAGACGGAGCAAACAGUCGGAUCAGUGCAUUAAAGGGAGAGAAAGGCCUGGACUAUGAAAUACCUGUGCCUGUUGGUAUUACAGUAACUGAUGAGAGAGGCCAAAUUAUAGGAGAACUUAAUAAAGAGGAUGAUAGAAUUUUAAUAGCACGAGGAGGACUUGGGGGUAAUUUGCUUUCAAAUUUCUUGCCAUCCAAGGGUCAAAAAAGAAUAAUUCACCUUGAUCUAAAGCUUAUAGCUGACAUAGGCCUUGUAGGAUUUCCAAAUGCUGGAAAAUCUUCUUUACUAAGUAAAAUUUCCCAUGCAAAACCUGAGAUUGCAAAUUAUGCAUUUACAACAUUAAAACCUCAGUUGGGAAAGAUUAUAUAUAAGGAUUUCAAGCAGGUAUCUGUAGCUGAUCUUCCAGGUUUAAUAGAAGGAGCACAUAUGAACAAAGGAAUGGGACAUAAAUUUCUCAAGCAUGUAGAAAGAACCAAACAGCUUCUUUUUGUUGUUGAUGUCUCUGGGUUUCAGCUUUCUUCAAAAACUAAGUUCAGAUCUGCCUUCGAAACUAUAAUAUUGCUCACAAAAGAGCUGGAAUUAUACAAAGAAGACCUUAUGAUGAAACCUUCACUGCUUGCAGUUAAUAAAAUGGAUUUACCAGAUGCUAAAGAUAAAUUCAGUGAACUUAUGAACCAAUUACAGAAUCCUAAAGAUUUUUCACAUCUCUUUGAAAAAGAUGAAAUUCCAAGGAAAACUUUGAAGUUCCAAAAUAUCAUUCCAAUUUCUGCACACACAGGAGAAGGAAUUGAAGAAUUAAAGAACUGUUUAAGACUAUCUCUAGAUGAACAGUCCAAUCAGGAAAAUGAAAAGUUUUCUGAAGAACAGUUACUUAAUUUACGGAAUUCAAAAUUAUCAUAUAUUGAUUCAUCAUCAGAAUCUUCUAGAAUGGAAAUAACUAAAGGUCAUUAAAAUGUUAUCCAUGGUA